GUGUAAUUUUGUAUGAUUCAUUGUGUGUGUGUGUGUUAAUGUGUGUAGGUAUGUAUUGUGUGAGUUGGAUUUUGAUGAAUUAGGGUUUGUGAAUUGAAAUGAGGUGAGAAGAAGCUGGGGAAGGUGAUCGUGCCGGAUAAGUGGAAAGACGGUGCCAGCAAUACUACCGAAGGAGGCGGGCGAAAGAUCAAUGAGAACAAACUGCUCUCCAAGAAAAACAGGGACUGUAUAGUGGUGGAGUAUGACCUGGGCAGUGGGCAACUGUGAAACAAAGUCAUCUAAGUAACUGCAAGUUUCUGAGUAAUGUCCAAGGUUGUGCAUAUAUAAGGUCGUACUAGUUUGUGUCCUCCUAUGAAUACUAAGUAUUCCAAUUUCAAGGGUGGAACUGCAGUAAUGAUAUGGCUGCAUGUUGAGAUACAUUGGUUGGCCAUUGACCAUGGACCUAACACGUAUGGCACUCUAUGGACGCCAUAUGGGACAACAAAAUGCAUUAUCUGCAAGCAGCAGGUGCACCAAAAUGGAAAAUACUGCCAUACUUGUGCAUACACCAAAGGUGUCUGUGCCAUGUGUGGUAAGCAGGUCCUUGACACCCAAUUAUACAAACAAAGCAACGUGUAGGUGGUUCCGCGAUGUUGGCUCUCUACAUUGUUGGUUUUAUGCUAGUUGCUGAAUUCUGGGAAGAGAUGAUUGUUCCAAACCUUAUUAGUCUUUAGCUGGAGGUCUAAACUUAAGUUUCAUUGUCAGAUGGGAUUCACUGCACGUGUACUUGUCAUAUCAAUGUUAACACUAAUAUUUCCAUAUGCAGUAAAUCCACGAUGAUAUUUCUGUAAAUUUGAAUGUAAAGGCAGUUCUUAUUACUUUGCGAGAACCUGUAAUGUCGUGCUUCAGAUCUUUAUUAUGUGAAAUCAAGUGGUAUGGAAAUCA